AUGAAUUCCAGCACAGUCAGAGAUAUGAUGCAAGAGUUUCUUAUAGAGUGGAAUGGACGAAUGGUUUUAAUCAAGUCGCCAGAAGAACGAUUGUUAGAAGAGAAAAAUGAACUCCUCUUGCGAGCAGAGUCUAACAUAAGGCUUGGAAAGCCGACGGACCCCAACGACCUGGAACGCAUGUACGAGAAUGGCAGAGUGGCUGGUCUCCUCGCUUCAGGGUGUCAUGACGCUUCCGAGCAGCUACAACUGGCCUGUCUUCACGAUGCGGCGACCAAUUGGGAACGGUUUUUGCAAGAUGUCUACAAAACGGACGUGAAAAUCAGGAACGUGAUCCCAGAUCACCUCUGGUCCAGGGACACUGGUAAAAGACAUUUGGACGACACCGCUGGCAAGCCGCCAGGACAAAAACCCCCAAAGAAGCUGCGUGGCGGAAGGGAGUCUAGCAGCAACGAAGAUGUCUAUGCGCAAUCGAACCGGGAACUGGUUGUACCACAAACAAUUCUACAACAGGCUCAGCGGACUCGAGAGCCUUCAGUCUUUACCAUUGGUGAGUGGCAAAUUGAAAAUGCACAUGGUCGGGUUCACCAACCACCAGCAAUAGAAGCGGCAUUCCCCUAUCCGACAUCACCCAUGGAAGAGGAAGUGGCACAGGCUUUAGUUUCGUGCUCGGGGGAACGAAGAAUGGCUCCGAGUGGAUGUCCCACGAGCUUUGCGGAUCCGGUCGCAGCAUCCGUGCAAGGUAGCUGCGUGGAAGGGAAUACUGUGAUUGGAAUUGAAGAAGGAUCGUAA